AUGUCUAAAUCACUUCUCGCUCUAGCAUUAGCCCUCACAGCUUUUACCUCACCAGUUCCAGAUCCAGACCCUCAACUCUCACUCCCCCCUCUCAUCCCCAGUAUCCCCGGCGUCACUGAGCCACUUACCAGCAACGCACCACCGCUUCCAAUUCUACAGCUUCCGACACCACCACUCCCCAGCCCUCCAUUUCAAGGAAGUGAUAUCAAGCCCAAGAAGAUUGCCUACUUCUGGACUGGAGCUGGCGACAACCAACAUGCUGAUUUUUUGGCGACGUAUAGUCUGGAUGAUGAUACCUUCGGUCAGUUUAUCUGGUUGACGGAUGUGCCCACCAGUGGAAAUAGUCCACAUCAUUUGGGUCCUAGUCUUGAUGGGAAGACACUUGUUGGUGGAGGAUUGCUUUCUUUGCUUAAGACACAAGAUACUGCAUAUUACUUCGAUGUCUCGAACCCGUAUCGACCUGUUUUCAAGAAGAGCAACCGAGCGCUUCUCUCGUCAAUCACUGAUGAGAUACGCGCGAAGCCAGAUGGUGGCUUUUUCAUCACUUACAUGGGCUCUGCUGUUGGCACAUCUCCAGGUCGACUCGUCGAAACAAACGCCAAUUUCGACAUCAUCGCCGAAUGGCCAAAAGAUAUCGCCGGCACUUUGAACAUCCUCGGCGAACAAUUCUCACCCCAUGGCCUCACAAUCGACUGGGAUAAGAACAUCAUCCUGACUUCCGACUUCGUCAUCCCCAUCACAGUCUUGAAACCAAGUCUAGGAAGAGUCGUCGCCAACACUCUCCGCUUAUGGAACCUAGCAUCACGGACAAUAAUCAGCACCAUCACAAUUCCAAACGGCGGCGGCAUCCAAGACGUAAAAUUCAUCCCCAACAACCCCGAAUCCGCCGCCCUCGCAACAGCAGUCCACCUUGGCCAAAUCUGGAUCAUCUACCCCUUCCGCAUCGGCGCCAACGGCAAACAAGGCGUUGCCCAACUCCUAUACGAUCUUGGUCCCAAAGCCCGCGAUACAGUCGCAAUCUACUCCGACAUCACCACAAACGGCAAAUACGCCUACUUCACCCUCACAACCGCGAACCACAUCGCCGCGCUCGACAUCUCGGACCUCAACAACGUCAAACGUCUUGACGACCCCGACGAGAUUCAACCCACCGUCGGUCCGCACUAUAUCAAGAUCACACCGGACCAGAAACAUGUUUUGGUUACAGACUACUUUGUGCAGACGGGGGAGAUUGGCAUCUUGAAUACGGCGGCGGAUUUUAAGGCGUUGUAUAUUGAUAUCAAGAGUGAUGGGGGACUGAGUUUCAAUCGGACGAUUGAUUUUACGGGGCCGUUUAGUGAGAGGGGGGGUGGGAAGCCGCAUUCGAGUGUGGUGUUUGAUUUGUCGGUGCCUGGGAAGCCGGUUUACUACUAA